GAAAUAUUCUUUGUUCACUUUAACUGAUUGUUCUGUAGAAAAAGUGGUAAUGUUCUCACACUCUCUUAUUGAUUGUAACUUUCCACUUGUGAUAGAAAUAGCUUCUGACUUUAGGUGUCCACACCCACACUCAGAUGACACAUAUUAUAUAUUUAGAAACCAAUUUUAGAACACACUUAAUGUUGCUUUACUCCUUUAUCCAGCUUUAUUCCUAGAUUAUCAUCAGAUUUACACUUCUGUUUGGGAGUGAUGACAUAUGUCAUAAAGGUCUUAUUUGAAUGGAAUCACACCACUAGUUGUUUGUGUAAACAGUCUAUUUUUACUUUUAUAAACAGCUUAUGCCACUAAAACAUAAGAUGGCAUAAGAUGUUUUAUGAAGUAAUGGCAAUGUGUUGUCAUAUGGGACCACAAACUAAGUGAUGGACAUUUGUUCCAUUAUUAGGCCAUUAGGCAAAUAUGAUGAAUGAUUGAUGAAUUAAAUACUGGUGUCAACGUUGGCCAAGAUACCUGUUUUUAAAAUUGCAGAGGAGUCACAUAAAUACAUGAACCUUUUGUGUUCCUGAUCAAAACAGACAAAUAGAAUGAUUUUUCUACCAUGAAUGCACUCAAUCAAACCUUCAAAUUUAUUUUCAAAUGAACUUUUGCUUGGCAAACAUCACAAAUUCUGUCUGGUUGCAACAGUCACAUUUACACAGCCACACCCAUAUGUAUAUAGUCAUUCAUUCAUAAGCCUAUUCACUAAUAACCAGCAAUAAAACAAGCAACCAAUCCAUACAACAUUGAAAAUGUAGAAGCGACUUUUCACAAUAAAAUAUUUAGUGUUUCUUUUUAAUAUCACUUUCAUUAACUGGUUCACUGGUGUACACCUGCAUGUUCUAGGCAUAGCUUGUGUGGUUACUGCAUUGCAUCCUCUGAAAGAACCCUUUCACACAAUCACAGUUACAUCUUGGAUUGUUGCAAGUACUCUUCGCACUUGUUCCAGGCUUGUCUAAUUGUGGUAAGUGUAUCAUCAAUCAUCAAAGCAGACGACUUUUGAAAGGAUAUGAAAGAUUCUGAAUGAUACAGCAGCAUAAAAAAAUCACCCUUGAAGACUUAACAUGCUAUAAGCUGGUGAUGGCCUCAUUUCUUGAUCUGCAUUCUCCUGACAGAACCAACAUGCCCAUUUAUGCUUGUUAGACUGUCCUGUCUGCCUCCAGCUAUUGGUCUACACAAAUCUCUUCUCCAUGUAUCUUAUAUCUGGCACUAGCCUUACAACCUCUGUUGGUGAAAUGCUGGUUCAAAGCUGGACUUUCUUUCUUCAACCCAAUAUGUUGGCUCAAUAGUCAUCUUGAUAAUAUUCUCACCUUACUCUCUGAAAUGUGUCUUUAUGGGGGAAGAAGAUCACAGUAAAUUCUAAUUAAUCAACAAGGAUGUAACUUUGACUUCAGUGCUACCCUCUUGUUCAACGGCGGAUAUAUUGUGAUCAUUUGAGUCUGGGUCUUACUUUCUGUUGACUUCUGUUUCUUACUUCUUCUUUAACUCUUUUAGUGUCUUCCAGGCCUCUUUCUUCCCCACUAUGAUCAAAUGCCUGAAUAAGAACCUCAUACUGAAUACUCAUACUCUGUCUGUAUCUAAUGCUAAAAAUACCAGAAUCUGUAUUUGAACUUGAAGCAGAAGGCAAGUUCAUGAGUCGAAAAAGAAAGUAAGUUGCAAGUUGUUACUUACAGAUCAAAGUUUUUCAGAUGGAUGUGGAUGGAUAGGAUGAAAAAAACAAUUCUGUGCUGCAUGUUUUUAUGUGUAUACAUAGCUGUUUAAAAAGCCUUUUUCUGAUCAUGCUGCAUUAUGCAUUUAUAUUCAGCUACUAUUAAUCAUGUUGCUUUUUUGCUCAAAUUGCUGAUGCAUAAUUAAGUGUGAACAAGGUUCCAUAAGCAUAUUGAUAGUUCAAAGCUAUGAGGGGAAAAAAUGGAAUCAUGUACCUGUAUGUGAAACAAACACACAAACAAAUACCCACAUCAACUAAAAAUACAAAGCCCAUGUUGGAGGGUGAUAUGUCAAGACAGAACUGGCAAUCAGUUUGAAGAAAUCAUGUUAGCAUAUAUCAAGAGAGCAUAAUGGUCACAAUUGUCUUUAACUAGCAAUGUUAAGAUUAGAUAAAACACAUAUGUGCUGCAGAAACAAACAUUAACACCUACUUGGCUAGAAAACCGAGAACAAAGCAAAAUCAGUUGACAGCAACUAUGUGAUAUUGUUAAGUCAACAUAUAAUGCAGCACACUUGGUUUUGAAGAGACACAUGAGAGCAUUUAUCAGGCUGUGUAGAACAUCACAGAGUCUUGUGUUCUGCACAUCUGCAGAGAAAUGUGCAGUCUGAGACUAGAGUAUUUAUUUUUUUAUAUACUGUGAAAAUGUAGGUCAGGACCAGUGCUGCUGCUGCCUGUACCAGAUUAUACCACACAGAUCAGAAAUGUAUUGCUCACAUGAAAUUUCUUUAACUGUUUUAACUUAAACAUUUUUUUUUUAAUCUCCUGAGCUGUGUGACAUCCUUAACUCUUAAAUGGCCAGUGCCCACCAGUGGGCUAAAGUUUUAUUAAAUACUUCUUUAAACUAAGAAUAGCUCAAUCAGUUUGCAUUGAGGUCCCUGUACUUAGUAAAUAAUCAGCCAUGCUAUGUAAGAAGCCUGAGAUUUUUAGCGGUUGAAUGAGAAUUUUCAUCCAUUCGCAGUAAAAUAGUUAUUGUCAUGCAUCAUUAACAGUUUAUUAAUGUGUUUAAUUUGUUGUCAUUCUUGGUCUUCUAUGUUCUAUUGAAUCAUGUUUCAAGUGAUAAUUGUUUGAUGAAUAAUUUAUUGUACUGAUAUCCAUAAAAGAAAUACUUUUUUCCCCCUGUUGCUGUUCUUUUCAGUGGUGCUGAACUGUGAUCAUACUAAGCGUCAGCUCAGUGUUUCCCAGUUAUAUGCUUCAUAAUGCCUCUGGGUAACACACGGACUUUACAGGGUAGCAAAAAAGUGAAUAUUCUUACUCGUCUCAAAUAUGUACAUUGGCUCCAUAUUUAUGGAAUAUGUUAAAUCAGCAUUAUUGCUAAGUGGAAAUAAUUAAAUAAGUGUUGUUGUUUUCUUCUGUCAGUGUGGUAAUUUUGCUUGUUUAUACGUGUAUCAUGUUCUAGCCUCUGAGCUCUGAGCUUUUAAGCUUUUACUGUUGCAUUUUCACUGUUUCAACUCUAAGUGCCGCUGUUGUCUAAGAACUGAUUGGUGUGGGCCGGUUUAGAGAGAUAUUCCUCCCAGAGGAGGCUACAAAUAGAGCUCUCUGUUGUUCGAUGUAGAAGGGUUGGUCUCUAAGACUAGCUGGAUUUAACGAAGGAUUUUAUUUUUUUUCCAAAGUCGUUUCCAUUGUAACGUUACAUGCGCCUGGGAACUCUGGAUUUUCAAGAUGGAUUGUUUGCGCUCGCGGUAUGAUAGACACGUUCGUCGAAAGACGGCUCAGUUAAAAUGGCAGAGCGUGUUUUUUCUUCUCUGUCUUCACGGGAUGGACGUCGUCGUUUGCCAAGCGCGGUAUUCCAUCCCGGAGGAGAUGCCAGAGGGAUCCUUUGUGGGAAACAUCGCCAAGGAUUUGGGAAUCGAGAUAAGUAGACUGAUUUCAGGAAAAGCUCGAGUUGUAACAAAGGGCGGUCGCCAGUAUGUGGAACUGAGCAGAGACAAAGGCGCUCUGGUAGUGAAGGAGAGGAUAGAUCGAGAGGAGCUCUGUAAGCAAACAACGCCCUGCAGCUUCAGCUUUGAUCUGAUCAUUGAGAACCCGAUUCAGCUUCAUCGAAUCACAGUUGAGGUUCAAGAUAUAAAUGACAAUGCGCCCAUAUUUCCUAAAGGUGCCGUGAACAUAGAAAUUAGCGAAAAUACAGCAUCUGGAGCUCGCUUCCCCUUAGAUAGCGCUGUAGAUAUGGACGUUGGUAUCAAUGGAAUUCAAAGCUAUGCGCUUUCCCCCACCGAUAACUUCAAAUUGGAAAUAAAUAGCCAGUCGGAUGGAAGCAAACAUGUAGAAAUGGUUUUGCAGCGUGAGUUGGACCGAGAGGAUCGUGAUGAGCUACAAUUAGUUCUAAUUGCGUCUGAUGGAGGAUCGCCUAAAAAAUCUGGCACAGUUCGAAUCCAUGUUACUGUACUGGAUAUUAAUGAUAAUGCUCCGGUAUGUAAGCAGGCUGUGUAUAAAAUUGAUGUUAUGGAGAAUUCUCCAGUUGGUACUGUUUUAACGACUGUAAACGCUGUUGAUGCUGAUGAAGGAAUAAAUGGUGAAAUAUCAUAUUCUAUUGCACAGGCUAGCAAAGAGGCAAGAGAAUUAUUUGAAAUAAAUCCAGCCACAGGAGACAUUACAAUAUUAGAUAGUUUAGAUUAUGAAAACGAAAGAAGUUAUAUACUAAAUAUAAAGGCAAAGGACAAAGGAGGUCUUGCAAAUACGUGUAAAGUGAUCAUAGACGUUGUUGAUGUAAACGAUAAUCCUCCCACCAUUCAGCUCAUGUCAUUUUCUAACACCAUCGCUGAGAAUUCUCCAGUAGAAACCACCGUAGCUGUUAUUAAUGUAGAGGACGAAGAUUCUGGUCAAAACGGAGUCGUGCAGUGCAAAAUAAAUGGACACAUUCCGUUUAAAAUAGAGUCAUCACUCACUGAUUAUUAUGCACUGAUUACUGAUGACAUUCUCGAUCGGGAAAAUAUAGCUGAAUAUAACAUAACCAUAUUGGUCAGCGAUCAAGGAAGUCCAGCUCUACACAGUAAUAAAACACUCACUGUUAAGAUUUCAGAUGUGAAUGAUAACGCACCCGUUUUCGACUCUGAUCAAUACAGAACCUUUAUUAUUGAAAACAAUUCACCAGGUGUGGCUGUGCUGACCGUUAAAGCACGCGAUGCUGACUGGGGCCCAAAUGCGAGAGUGUCCUAUUUUUUGGAGGACAGUGACGUAAUGGGCAACCCAGUAAGUUCUUUGGUGUCCAUUAAUUCAGAUAGCGGAGUUAUACAUGCUGUGAGGUCAUUUGAUUAUGAGCAGAUGAAGAGUUUGACAUUUAACGUGACAGCGCGAGACGGUGGAUCCCCUCCACUAAGUUCUGAAGUUAUAGUGACGAUCAUUGUUCAAGACCAGAACGACAACGCUCCUCAGGUUCUGUACCCAGUACAGACUGGCGGCUCUGUGGUGGCUGAGAUUGUACCUCGUUCAGCAGAUGUUGGCUAUCUGGUGACUAAAGUGGUGGCUGUUGAUGUGGACUCUGGACAGAAUGCCUGGCUCUCCUACAAACUCCAGAAAGCCGCAGACAGGGCGCUGUUUGAAGUGGGCCCACAGAAUGGAGAGAUACGGACUGUGCGCCAGGUGACUGAUAAAGAUGCAGUGAAACAGAAGCUCACUGUUGUUGUGGAGGAUAACGGACAGCCGUCUCGCUCAGCUGUAGUGAACAUCAAUGUAGCUGUAGCGGACAGUUUCCCUGAAGUGGUCUCGGAGUUCUCGGACUUUACGCACAACAAAGAAUACAACGAUAACCUGACUUUUUACUUAGUUUUAGCUCUGGCUGCUGUUUCUUUCCUUUUCAUUACUACUGUAGUAGUUAUAAUAUCAGUGAAGAUCUACAGAUGGAGACAGUCUCGUAUUUUCUAUCAGUCCAGUCUCCCAGUUAUUCCGUACUAUCCACCCGGUUACGCAGACACAGGAGUUACUGGAACUCUGCCGCACAUGUAUAAUUAUGACGUCUGUAUGACGACAAACUCGAGGAAAAGCGACUGUAAAUAUUCUACACUUGGUGGACAGAGUGUUUUAGUGGUGGACCAAAGUUUCUCAGAGACUCUGCAGCGCGCGAUGAAGGAGAAGGAAUUACUGGAAAAUGCAGAAUCUCCGGAAAUGCAAAAGCCACCUAACAAUGACUGGCGCUUACCCCCAAACCAGAGACCCGGACCAAGUGGCCAGCACAGGUUCCACACCCUGCAGCAGAGAUGGACUCCCUACGAGAAGUCCAGAGCGGGACCUCGUCCUGAAGAGGCUGGUGCAGGUGCAGUAGGCGGGACGGGACCGUGGCCCAACCCCCCCACAGAAGCCGAACAGCUCCAGGCUCUGAUGGCUGCUGCUAAUGAAGUGAGUGAAGCCACAGCGACUUUGGGUCCUCGCUACAAUGCGCAGUACGUUCCCGACUACCGCCAGAACGUCUACAUCCCAGGCAGCACCGCUACGCUAACGGCUAACCCCCAGCAGCAGAUGCCCCAGCAGGCUCUGCCUCCACCCCAAGCUCUGCCUCCAGCAGAGGCCCCAAAGGCCGCCCCAACUCCGGCCAGCAAGAAAAAGGCCACGAAGAAGGACAAGAAGUAAGGCAGAGUGAAGCGUUAGCAUAGCUGUGGAGAAUUAUCAUAGCUGUGGGGAUCUGAGCGUUUCUCCUCUGCACUUGUUAGCUUUUCCCUCGCUAGAAUGUUUAAACCCCUUAAACUCUGGGCUUGUUGUUCAUUUAUUUCCAUUAUCCAGGAUCUACUAUGGAGUAUUCAGUAACUACUAUGACACUACUAUGUAGUUACGAGGGGAAUGGAAGUCUUAGAGUUUAAGGGGAUAAUAAUCAGAGUAUCCUUUUGUUGUGAGAUGACACAUUUAAACUGUAUGUUAACCUCCAUUUUUGUUUUGUUUCAUAUUAUUUUGAUGCAAUCAAAUCACCAGUUUCUUUUUGUUUUCUGGUAUUUUUUGUACUUUACUGUGGAAAUGGAAACAUCAAGAGGGACUAAAUAGGGCGAGAUCUGUUCAGAUUCCAAAAGCGACCCCUUAGGUGGGGAAAUCUGUCCUGUAAGAUAGCAUAACUGAAGAAAAAAAAAUGCUGAUCCUUUGUCAUGUUAAGGCUUUUUUGUGUUCAUUUUAAUGCGAAGUAGAUCCUUCUUGCGGUAACAAGAAUGAAGUAUGUCGGUAUUAGGUUUCUAAAGAGGAUGUGCCAUAGCCCCCAGAGGUCCUGAUUUGUUUUUGCAUGAUCCACUUCGACAUGAAUAAGAGUAUUGAAAAUGAACUAUGCAGUGCAGGUAAGAUAUUAAAGCGAAAGUUGCAGUAAAACAUAUUGAAAAUAAGAAAAUGCAUUUUCCAUGCAAAAACACCAGCAACUGAAAAGUUGGGCUGUUGAUAUUGUAGGAAAAAGGAAUAAGAUUGGAUUCGGUGUCAUUACAUUUGUGAGCAUCAUUAAGGCAACGUUAGGUUAAUGAUAUGUAAACAGCUAUCGUCAAUGGCUGAAUCCAGUGGUUGAAUUCUGUUAUAGCUGUAAAUCAAUCCUGUGGACUUGCAUUAGAUGAAGUAUGCCACAUUUUCUAAACCUUGGAUAGGGUGGCAGUUACUCAAGCUUUUGGUCUAUGAGUUAUGCCAUAUUGGUUGAGUGAAUGGGGGCUUGGGUACCCAGAGUGAGAGUUACGUUGAAGUGCUUAAAGGGGAAGGUGUCUGGGUUGGUGGGAUUGUUCUUGACAUGUUUGGGGUUGAUUAGAAGCUAGGAAGGUAUAGGUAGAUCCACUGGAUGCUCAGUUGGAUUGAAAGAAGCGUGGAUGAACAAUGCAACAUGUAACGCAUUGAUGAUGUUCUAAAGUGGCUCUCAAGCGAAUGAAGAUACUUUCCAGUUGACCUAUCCAUGCUCCACCCAAAAAUCCAUUCCUUCAUAGCAAAGGUUGGGAAGUUGGACAAGAUUUACAGGCCACUGGCAAAAAUCCCAUUCAGGGGUUCCUAAGUGGCGCAACUGCCUAAGUGUUGGCCCCAUCUCUGGGAGACUGCAUGGUCCAUCCAUGGCCAGGAGUCCAAGACAGCAUUAUUUCUGGGUGGGAAUCACUCAAAGCAAUGCUAGGCAACAUGGGCAUCUUUUAGCAUUAGCAAUAGUUUGAAAAGAUGCCACAUCUUGGAGGAAGCAUGUGCUGCUCUUCACCCUCUCAGCUUGGUAGCAUCAUGUGAUAGGAGGAGACCUAGCUAGCUGAUGGGAAUUGGCCGCGACCAAAUUGGGGACAUAUCAAAGAAAAUGAACCCAAUUAAGAAUAAUUGCAGUGUUUAGAUUCGCUACAUAAUGGGAGUUUCCAGUUUAAUAUGCUACGCUAUCAAGCUGGACUAUGUUGUCGUGUUUGAAACUGGGCUACAUCUGAUCUAUAACAACAUUAUAUAUCUUUCAUAUGUAUAUUUUGACAAACACUGAGCUUUGCGCAACGGUGGCUACGACAGAACGCAGUUGUGGGCGGAGCAUGCAUGGAUCAACUGGGAAGAACACCAGGAAAACUCACUUUAGGCCACUCCAUGCUUGGCCAUUCCUCUUCUACUCUGCACAACCCUAAACGCACCAACCCUUCAUCACAAUGUAAAUAAGAUAUGUAACCUGUCUGUAUAAACUAGAGCCACAAAGAUCAGGCUAACACAGGAAUGUUUCAGUAUUUUUUAGAAAAAAGAAAAACUAAAAAAAUAAAAGAAAGAAGAGAAAAACUGAUCAAGUUGUAGUGCUAUAGAUACAAAAGCUUCAAGCUCACUGACUAACCCAACUGUAAAUACAACCUGCAGUCUCUGCAAGACACGCAAUCGUAGCUUAGGGCUUGUGAAAAUUUGUGCAUAUUUUUGUGUUUUUCCUUCUCUUUCGCUUUAUUUCUUCAAUCAUCUGAACUUUGAAAACUAAAAAAAAAAAGGAAAAAAAUACCUAUGGUUUUUAGCGUGCUACCCCAUCCCAUCUCUCUAGAGUCUUCUGUGUUUGUAAUUACAGCCAACUCUUAAUGCUACCGGAAUGCCAUUCCUGUCUGUUUAACUAUGAAUCUAUCUAUAUAUAUCUAAAUGUCUGUCUGCUGCUUGAAUACCUUUCUGUAUUCGACCGUGAUAACCUUCUUUUAAAAAUGCUUAGCGCUUCAUGUUUUGCUUUUAUUUUAUAAUGCAGAUAUUUAUAUGGCUGUUUAUUUGUUUAUGUUCUUGUUUAUUAAUGGAACACUUACAUUUCAAAUAAAAGUUUGUCAGAACUCACAA